AAAUAAAAGAACAAGUAGCAGAAUAAAUAAAAAAAAUUGAUGUAUAUAUUAAGAAAAAGAUGGAUGAUCACAAUUCCAGAAUAAUAGUCAUACAUUAGCAGAAGGAACUUCGUAUUUAUGACUUUCAGCAAAAUUGUUUUAGAGCAACGAUUCCACUGCAAAGAAACCUGAAAACUGGAGAUCUACUUACUAUUUCACCAAAUUCUCUUAAUUUAUACAAUUUCAAUGAAUUAAUAAUUCCAAAAUUGACUUAAAACAGGAACUGAUUAGUGAAAAAUUUGGAUUGUUUUUAUUAAGGGUGAAGAUGAACAGGAAGUAAAAUGUAAGGAGUUAGAAGAAAAAAGUGUGUGAGGGAGAGAGUGCGAGAGAGAGAGCGAGAAAAGGGAAAAUAAGAAUUGAAAAAUAGAAAUGAAGAGAAUGAAUGAAGUGGAGAUGCCUGCAGCAAAUGAAGCAUCUCGACAGUUAUAUUAAUGAAAAAACUACUUCUCUACGACACAAUAACCAUAUAAUUCAUCAUUCCUUUAUUGAAAAAGAGCAUUCCUGGCAAGAUUUUUUUUUGUGAACGAAUAAUUAUUUAUUGAGAGAAAAAGAGGAAAGAAACAAGUUCGAAAAAAAAAUGAUAUAUAAUUUUACAAGAUUAGCAAAACUUGCCUUCCUCAAAUUUUCAAGUGUCUUAAUCAAACGUACAUAAUAAAUAUAAAUAGAAAAAGAAAUUUAUUUAUAAUAUUCUUGUUCCAGUCAUAUAUAUAGUAUUUAAUUAUACUUUCAUCAAUGCUCAAUCGCAACAUUUGUAAUUGUAGUUCAAUGUUGUAUUGAUAUUUAGAAAUUUAUAUUUAAUAAGACUACUGUCAAAUUAUUUAAUUAAUUGAUUAAUAAUAUUAAUUUACUGUUGAUAAUACAACAGUACUAAAAAAACUGUGGUUAAAAAAACUACUAGAUUUAUAACAGAAAGCGGUGAUUAAAAAUCAACUGUUGAUAACAGGAAUAGUGGAUUUUUACUGACAACAGAAGCAGUAAUUAAAAAUCUGCUGUUGAACAAUUUCUGUUUAUGAAAAAGAAACAGUAGUUAAAAAUCAACUAUAGAUAGCAGAAGCAACCAACCAUUUUUGUCCUUUGACAAAAAAAAACAGUAGUUAAAAAUCAACUAUAUUGAUUACAGAAGCAACAAAUUUUUCUGUGAACAAACAGAAAAAACAAGAAAUAAAUCGUCUGUUGAUAGCAAAAAACAAAAUUUUCUGCUGCCUAUGAAAGAAAAGAAGAAACAGCAGUUAAAAAUCAAUUCUGUUUAUGCAAGAAGAAAAUCAUCAAAUCAAGAUGAUUCGUCCAAGAAAUCGAAUUGAAAACAAGAAAAUAACAAUGGGAAAUUAAAAACAGUGGAGCUAAGAGUGAAGAAUUAAGAGGAUAAACGAAAAGUAGUUAAAAUCAACUAUUGAUAAAGAAAACAACUUUUGUUGUUCAUGGAAAAACAAUAGAAGCAGAUGAAGAUGAUGCAAUGCGUUCAUGAAAUCGAAUGAAGAGAAAAGAAAUAAUAGUGUAAAAUUAAAAAUAGAGUGAAGAAGAGUGAAAAAAUAAUUAAGAGGAUAAAAAAAUAAUUUUAAAGAUUUAAAAUAAAAAUAAUAGUUUACAUUAGAAAAAUCAUGGAACAUCGCUGAGUUCGCGAGGAUGCCUGAGCCGAGAGCAAAGCGCUGUAAACACUGUGAUGAGUCUGGCCACAGGUUGGACAGCGGAUCUCCAUUUUGGAGAAUUCAACUAGAUCAAGAUCUUCUUGAUACGAUUAGUGCAAUAUACCCGGAGUGGUUUAAGGAUUACACAAACUCGAAUGCUUCGACAUCGUCUUCCAGUUUGAAUAAUGGAACUUCAGCAACAUUGACUGGAGACUCCGACAUCAUCAUUGAGCAGAAGCCACACAAGAUUGGCAAAAGUGACUCAAAGUCGAAAUCAAAAGGAAAUAAAUCCUCUCAUUUGAAAGACAGGGAAAGGGAGAAGAAGGAUCGGAGCGAUUUUCGAGUUGAGAAGAGUGGAAUCGACAGUAUCAAUAAGAAGGGAGCAAGACUUUAUUUACAACGGGAGAAAACGGCGGACUUAGUGGCUACUGCUGAAGCAGCAAAAGCCACGAGUGUCCAAGGAUCGGGAGCAGCAGAGGCAAAAGCAGGAACAGGAUCAGGAUUGAAAUCCGAGAUGGCGGAGGGCAAUCAGUCGCCGCCAAAGGCGGAGGUCGACGACUCUCCACUUCAACACUCCAUGGAUCGUAACAAGGAAUCUCUAAAGGUGAAAUUGAUGCUGAGGCGACCAAUUAAUCAACUGGUGGCGCAGGGUAUCAUGCCUCCUUUGAAGACACCGCCUGCAUUUUUUGAACAACGAAAGCAGUUGGAGAGAGCAAAGACCGGCGAUUUGUUGAAAGCAAAAAUUCAACAGCGACCCGGCAGAGAUGAACUUGUGCGACAGCAUAUUUUGGAAGACGUCGGCCAUGUGGAUCCAAGUCUUGCGGAAAAGCAGCGAAUGCUAAAGAAAGCUAGACUCGCCGAUCAACUCAACGAUCAACUUAGUCACAGGCCUGGACCUCUUGAACUGAUACAAAAAAAUAUUCUCCACACCGAAGAGCCAAUUGAGAGAGCGGUGAAAGAGGGUCACAUUCCCUUUAAGGCAACUUGCGAAGGUCAAGUUACGAAGCCCCAGCAUCCAGACCAUUACAUUACUUUCGAGGACGAUUCGCAAAGUUCGGAAGGCGCGCCUUCACCUUCUUUAGAAUCGCGAACCGAUGUCUUAGAAACGGCUGCAGCUUCCGCUGGAAUUGUCACAGUUUCCCUGAAUAUACCGACGACGGGCGGUGCUGUCGUUGUCACGUCGACUUCACCCGUUUUCCAGCAGGCCUCAACGGAACCGACGAUACAGACUUUUGCCGAUCUUUGUAAUUCCGUUGUUGGUAAUCAACAACAACAGCAGCAGCAGCAACCAACCUUCCAACAUAAUCAACAUGUUUCGACGCAGGCAAGUCAAGCCAACGGACCCACGUCGACGCUUCUCCCACUGGCACCAGCGCCAAGUCCCAUGUCCCUGGGUUCGACGACAUCCAGCCUGAGUCCACUUUCGAAUAUUUCGAUAGCAUCUCCUCCCGCUCUACCUCCUGCCGCCAUCACCCCAAGGCCUCAACCGAGUCCGAUCUCCGCCGCUGUCGCCGUUGCCGCCUCCGCAUGUCAAAGAAGCGAUGCGCCGGGAAAAGACAAGAAUCGAAAGAAGUCCAAAACCAAAAGUCAACCCAAAACUCGUACAAUCAAAUUUCACGAAUAUAAAGGUCCUCCGAGUGCGCAAAAGACCUCAAUAUCGUCAAUUCCAGCCGGCCUCAAUUCAACUUCUCCUGGUGAAACCAGCUACGAGUUGUUACUUCAGCAGCAACAACUCUUUCUGCAAUGGCAACUCGAGUGGCAACACAAGUAUCCACAGAUCAUUCUUCCAGCUGCACAGAAGCCUCUCACCCUCCCGAGUAGUGGAGCAAACGAUACAAAUAGCGUUAGUAAUGUUAGUGUUAAUGCACCAAGUCCUGCUCCCUCAAAUUCCUCAAGCAGUACCAUAGAACAGCCGCCACUGAGGCCACUGGGUAAAUUAGAAGAUAUGAAAGUGAGUGAUCUCAAAAUCGAACUGAAGAGAAGAAAUCUUCCAGUUUCUGGAUCGAAACCCCAAUUAAUUGAACGACUGAAACCGUUCACUGAAGCGUCGAGCAAUGGUUCCACGUCAAAUUCCAAUGGACCCCACGUGACACACAUGGGUCACAUACUGAUGGAUACUCCAGGACCAAUGGCCUUAGACGAAUCUAGUUCCCAUGCCAAAAGUCCAUGUUCAGUUCUAGUUAAAGACGAACCAUACAGUCCGAGAACGGAUUCACCGCACGGCAGUGAACACGACGAUCCUUUGAGUCCUCCAGGUGACGAUAUAAUCAAGGAACAAAGAAAACGUAUCGAAGAAUUGCAAAGAGAACUCUACAAAUCUCAACAGCAACUCCAGCAAAUACGACAAACACAACCGACCACAGUUCGCGCUGAAAAACUCGUUCUUCAGCAGCAUAUACAAAAUAAAAUGCAACAGCAACAAUUGGCACUUCAUUUACAGCAAUUACAGCAUUUACAACAACAACAGCAGCAACAGCAACAGGCAAUGCAGCAACACCAACAGCAAACAAAUUCAACGACUCAACAACAACAGCACGCUGCGUUCCAGCAACAUAAUGCUAAAGCGAAUUUAGCAGCAUUUUUACAAGCUCAGCCCAAUAAUAACACUAAUGUUCUCGAUUCCACAACAUUGACUGCAAUAAAUAAUAAGAAAAAUCAAGUCAAGAACAAUACAACUGUCCAGUUACCAGCGGCGAUUGUAUUGAAUUUAGCUAAAGCGACCAAAUUGAAUGGCUCAUUGUUGGGAGCUUUGGUGGCGCAAGCUCAAACACAACAAUCAACAUCCACGCCUGAGGAAAAUAAACCACCGCCACCUCAAUAUGACGAAGCUACCAAACUAUUGAAGGUGAAAAUCGAGCCAGCGCAGAAGAACCACAUAAAAAGUCAAGUUGUCGACGACGUCUUGGAGAUAUUGAUAAAAAAUGGAGAACUACCGCCAAGUGCAGCUCAAGAUCCAGCGACACCAACAACGCCAAAUCGUCAAAUGCCACAAAAUCUUGUUUUUACAACUUCAACGGAAAAUUCAUCGCAAUCGUUAGUGUUUGCAACGUCGAAUCCAAUUAGUCCAAUUAGUCCUGAGGCGAUGGAGAUUUCUCAAGGCGGUUCUAGUCCUUCACUUAAUGCACCACCACCACCUCCGCCUCCACCGCCACCACCGUUACCACUUGCCACAUUUUCAGUACAAUUACCAACAACCUUACAACAAAUGCACGAGCAGCAAGAUCAUCAACAUCAAGAGGAGAUAUCGUCUUUUAACGCUGACCUAUUGACAUCAGCCGAAGCCGAAUUGGACGCUGCUAUGCUACUGAGUCCACAGUCAAUGGUAGCUGCUUCACCCGAUCCUCAACCACGACAAGAAGUUGUCGUAACGGACAAUAAUAAUUUGGACCUAAAGGAACUUGGCCUCGAUUUGGAGACACUGGACACAAUGGAUUUCGGUCAAUUAGAGUGCGAUUUGGGUGUUAAAAUGUCAACGCCACAGGAACUAAUGGAUAUUGGCGACAUGCCCAUGGAUAUGGAUGAUUCCGAUUGGCUUGAUUCAUUAAUGCCCCAAUCACCGCCACCAUCGACAAGUACAAUUAAUAGACCAACGCCAGUGCAUACGUCAUCGAGUGAUUUCUUUGAUCCAUUACUUGCAAACAGUCAAGAUCCAUUUGAACUCUUUAGUAUGGAGGACACUGAUUUUAAAAUGUCCUCCGAUCUCUCAUUAACCUGGGAUAAAGUGGACUUUGCCACCUAGCCGGAAGUACUCUCAUUUAUAUGUACUUAACUAGGAAAAAUAUUAGCAAAGACUUAAAAAUUGAAGAAGAAGAAGAAAAAACACACACUAUUACUAAAGAAUCAUGUGCACUUUAUUAGUACAAAAAAAAGGCACUGAUCAACAUCAUACACACACAUAUAUAAAUAUUACAAUUUAUAUACACAUUCUACGUAUAUAGACAAAAAUUUUACCACUUUUAUAUGAUCCUUAAAAAAAAAUCCAAACAAACUAUGACAAUCGAGACAUAGUUUUGUGAACAGCUCAAACUGAGAAAGUAUACGUGCUUUACUUCAGUUUCUAGCAGGUUUAGUGAUUAGCAUUAUAUAGGAAGUCUAUUUAAAAAAAAGCUCUUAGGUUAUUUUAUUCAAUAAUUAUUAAAUUUCUUGCAAGAAAAAGAAAAGUCAAAAGAAAUUUCCUAAUUCGUGAUAAUUUUAUUUAAUCAUCGUACAUUUUUGUGAAUAAUGUACUAAUUAUUUCUUAUGCAAACAAAUUUUUUUUGUUUUAAUUUCCAUUAUUAUUGUGUUCGAUAUUUUACCCAUAUUUGUGAAUAGAGGGAAACGAAAAAAAUAAGCUGACAAGAAUUGUCCCUAAAUUACGUACCAUUGAUAAGAAAAAGUUAUUCUAUAUUCGUAACAUUACAUUAAUGUUUCAUUAGAUAGGUAUAAAAUUUUUAAAAAUUUCUAUUUUCUAAAAUAUACUCAAUUUGAAAGUUUUUUAAAAAUAUUGUGAAAGAAAGUGUGAACUUUUUGUUUUGAUCUGAAUUUUUGACUUUAAGCGGAGGGUGCAUCGAUAAUUUUAACUAUUAUCAGAAAAAUAUUUUGUUCCAUAAAAUAAUAAUAAUAAUUUGAUUUUUACAAGUUUUAAAGCUUAUUGAAAAAAUUACUUUAAGACUAAAUAUACCAAAUAAUACUAUUGUUAUUCAAAUUUAUUUGAAAAUUCGUUUGUUUAUUUGACUAACUUUGAAUAAUUUCAGACUCAAAAUUUUUAAAAAUUCACUUCUCAACU